AGGGAGGUGGCAGCAGCAUCAUCAAUCUUCAUUCUACUGCCAAUGCCAAUGCCAUGGCAUUACGUCCUCCAUCACCCAUCCAUGGACGAUGCUCGAUAAUCGACAGUACAGAUUCCUUCUCUCUCCAUGACAACAUCAAUAAUCCAUCAUCAUCAUUGUACAUAAUAACGUACAAGCCGCCAUCAUCAUCAUCUCAUCAUCAUUGUGUUUAUCGUAUAUGAGAUGAGAUGGUAAUUGGUCUGGAGGCUGUUUGAUCUCGCGGCAUAUCACAGUCAAAGGGCGCAGGCAGGGAGUUAGCUUCCAGACAGCAGGUGAGAGGAAGCACGGUGAGCCGCUUUUGCAUGUGAAAGGCGUCGUGCCGACCACUGGCUGCUGCCAACACACUACUCCUAGUCUUCUCCUCAUUCAUCCCCCCACUGUUCCUCUAUCUCUCUUUUUCCUCUCCUCCCCUUUUAUCUUCUCCCCUGCUUGUCACCACCCACGUCUCGUCGUUUCUGCCGUUUAUAUAAAGAUCUCAACACUCCCUCAUGGCCUGCCCUUCUUAACACCGGUCUCCACCAGCUUUUCUUUGUACCUUUUCUUCAUCAGAACCUCCUUUCCUUCUCCAGGGAAAAGAGUAGAUCUCCUGAGAUAAUGAUGGCCCCUGAGGGUCGGUCAGAGCAAGAAGAGCACGGCUCUGGGGUUCUUCUUCUUCCUCCUUCUCCUUCUGCUGCUGCUACUGCUGAUAGGCCAGAAGGUGUUUGUAGCACCGGCGACGAGUCUGGUCAUUACAAUCCACAUCCGUCGUCCAUAGAUGGCAUGGAUUCAACCAUUACACCUCCUGCUGCCACCGCUGCUCGCGUCCAACCUCGACCAGACCCCCAGCAGCAGCAACCACCGGCACCAUUGUCUGUUAACGGUGGCCGUUCUUUGGUUUUCUGUCAGCCCCUGCAUCCUAUAACACUGAAGUUUGAGGACGUGGGGUACAAGCUGAAGGUGAGUUCGGGCAAUGGCUGUUCAUGCUUCCCUGGUAAUUACACCAAGGUGCAGAAGACCAUACUCGAAGGAAUGAGCGGGAUGGUGAGGCCAGGGGAGGUCAUGGCCAUGUUGGGGCCCUCGGGAAGUGGGAAGACCACUCUUCUCACCGCCUUGGCGGGCAGGCUUCAACAGCAGGAGCAGGGGAAGGUCACUGGGUGUAUCACCUACAAUGGGCAGUCAUUCUCUGGCUCUGUCAAGAGAAUGACGGGCUACGUCAGCCAGGACGACGUGCUCUACCCUCAUCUCACUGUCUCGGAGACAUUGGUCUUCUCUGCCCUGCUCAGGCUCCCCAAUUCGCUGAGCAGAGAGGUGAGGAUGGAGCAGGCAGAGACGGUCCUCCAAGAGCUCGGCCUCACCAAGUGCAGGAACAGCAUUAUUGGGGGACCCCUGCUGAGGGGAGUCUCCGGUGGGGAGCGGAAGAGGGUCAGCAUCGGGCAGGAGAUGCUCAUUAAUCCAAGCCUUCUGCUGCUGGACGAGCCUACCUCCGGCAUGGACUCCACAACAGCACAGAGGAUCAUGUCUACUCUGCAACGCCUAGCAAGAGGAGGAAGGACAGUGGUUACCACCAUUCACCAACCGUCCAGCAAAUUGUACCACAUGUUUGACAGGAUUCUGCUCCUGUGUGAAGGCUGCUGCAUAUAUAGCGGCAACACCUCGGAAGCCAUGGACUAUUUCUCUUUUCUUGGAUUUGCUCCAUCGGUUGUCAUGAAUCCUGCUGACUUCUUGCUUGAUCUUGCAAAUGGUGUUCUGCCGGAUAUGAACAUGACUGCAGCAGGCUUGAGUGCCAUGGAACACCUUGAUCACAACGCUGGUUCUGCCAUUAAGCAAUUACUCAUCUCAUCAUAUAAAAAGAAUCUUGCACCUGCCCUGAGGGAUGACCUUCAUAACAGCUACGUCUGCGACCAACAUCUCUCUUCUGCUACUACCGUCAAUAAGCAAAGUCUUAGGGGCGGCUGGAGCACAAGCUGGUGGGAGCAGUUCAGUGUGCUGCUGACAAGGAGCAUGAAGGAAAGGAGGCAUGAAUCCUUCAGUGGCCUGAGGAUUUUCCAGGUGCUGUCCGUCUCAGUUCUCUGCGGCCUCAUGUGGUGGCAUUCCAAAGUUUCCAACGUUCAAGAUCAGGUGGGCCUUCUCUUCUUCUUCUCCAUCUUCUGGGGUUUCUUCCCAAUGUUCAACGCCGUCUUCACCUUCCCUCAAGAGAGGCCCAUGCUGGUGAAAGAGCGCCAUUCCAGAAUGUACCGUCUCUCUGCCUACUUUCUAGCUAGAACCGUCGGCGACCUCCCCAUGGAACUGGUCCUUCCAUCGCUGUUCGUGACCAUAACCUACUGGAUGGGAGGACUCAGGCCUACUGUGCCGGCCUUCUUGCUCACCCUCCUGGUCAUGCUCUAUAAUGUCUUGGUCUCUCAAGGCGUGGGCCUAGCUCUUGGUGCUGUACUCAUGGACACCAAGCAGGGCGCGACCUUGGCUUCGGUAUUGAUGAUGGCCUUUCUUCUAGCUGGUGGCUACUACGUUCAGCAUGUGCCUCCCUUCGUCUCUUGGCUCAAGUACUUCUCCUACAGCUACUACUGCUACAAACUGCUGCUUGGUGUUCAAUACUCCGAAGACGACACCUACCUCUGUGGUUGGUCGCCAUCAAAAGGGAGCAUUCUCUGCAGAGUUGCAGACUACCCGGCUGUUAAGCAUAUGGGGCUCGACCACAAGGGGCUGGACGUGGCUGCUUUGACUGCAAUGCUUCUUGGCUACAGGCUCAUUGCUUAUGCUGCUCUUAGAAUGGGCAGGGUCGGCCGCUGCUAACGAUCUUUGCAACAUUGACUUGGAAAUCUUUAUUUAUCAAACGAAAAUGGAUUCAUGCAAAAGAGAAUCUUGUAAUUUUAAGUAUAUGCGAAAGUAACGCUUGAGCG